UUGCACAAACUGAGCAUGCGUGUGCGUUUUUGCUCAGGGAAGUUUAUCUACGACGACGCCGUUUUGGAGUUUUCUCGUCGUCGUAGAUUGUCUAAAAAAGUAAGAAAAAAAUGACAAAAAGUACUGUGCCGUUAGAAGGAAAGGAAGGUUUCAAGUCCGGAGUUUGUUUUAUAAUGAAAUGGACUACUCAGCAUGAUGUGGAAUUUUGCAAAGAGGUUGUUGCUUCCAAGCUCUUUGAAACAAAAAAAAGGUCAGCAGAAAGAGCGCUGGUUUGGGAGUCUAUUGCUAAAAAUUUGGAAAAAAUAGAAUAUCCUAAAUUCAAGGUAGAGCAACGCUCUGUUAGAGACAGAUUGAAAAAACUAAUGAAACAGUUUCGAAAAAAGGAAAAUGAGGAAAGACGAGCUAGUGGUAUUUCACCUGAAUUAACAGAAUUGGACACAUUGCUGGAAGAGAUUUGUGAAAGAGAGCAUGCAUCUGAAACCCUGGCUGCAGAAAUGGGAGAAAAGGAAAAAAGACGAUUAGAAGAAGAUCAAAUGGCUGCACAAGAAAUACGAAAAAGAGCCAUGGAAACGUUAUCUGAGACCCAGGUGAGGAAUGCUGCUGGAAAAGAUCAACAUGCUCCCAAAUGCAAAAUCAGAAAGGGUGCUGAUACAGCCUUGGCAUUUUUGGCAGAAAAGGCAGAAAAAGAAAGGGAACUGAAAGAAGAGAGCAACAAAUUAGAAAGGGAGCGUCUGGAAAUGGAAAAAGAAAAAACAGAAAAAUUCAUGCAGCAACAGAAUGACAUGUUGAAUUCUAUUUUGGAAAUGCAACGACAGCAAAAUAAUCAGGUACAAGCAAGCCAAAUGGUUUUAAUGCAGCAACAGCAACAACAGGGGCAGGCAUUAAUAGCUCUUUUGUCAAAGAUUAUUGAUAAAGAGAAUUAGACCUGCUAACAAAGACAUGUUGUUGUGAUAAAUUAGUCAGUUUUGUGAAAAAACUAAUGUUGAGUUUGGUAAAAAAUAUUCUACAAGCACAAUUUAUCUUACAA